GCUGCUGCUUGUUCUAGUGGCUGAAACGACGAAACAGAAUCGAUUUUUAUUGAGGUUAAAUUGCAGAUUCACAUCUUCAAAGGCAUAGUCGACGUGUUGUUGGUGUUCUUCUUAGUAGUUUCUUCAAAGGCACGUCACAAACCUCUUCACAGCAGCUGGUGACAACAUUGGAUGCUAUGAACAGCAACAGGGAAGAAUCAAGGAUUCCGAUUAUGGCAAACAACAAUAUCAUGAGGAAUGGCCAGAUAACUCCCCCACUGUUUCCAUCGGUGCCUGCUUUAAAUGGAGCUGCAUCUUAUCUUGCUGAGACAACGUCAUAUCUAACUAGUUGUUUCCCUGCUAUCUCUGACAAUGUGCCUAGAGGUUCUGAUGGGCAGGAAAUGUUGGCAUUUGCUUCUGAAGAAAUCAGCGAACCUUCAUUGAGUAAUACUGGACAUGUUGGAAGCCUUUCCACAGUUUCUGGGUUAACAUUAGCUGCAACUAAUGCACCACCAAUCCGUGAUGAAAUAACAAGGAACUCAGAAGAAGAUCAUUCUCAAAAUAAUACUGCACUUGUGCAAUCAGAUCAGACCAGUCAAAGUGGGGUUUCCAUAUUUCAAGGCCUGGUUGAGCGGGUUCGGAGGACAGUUCAUGGGUCAUCUGAUGACAUUGGAUGGCUACAACGUGCUCCAGAGAUGCCUCCUGUUGAAGAUGGGACAGAACGGUUCACUAAUAUUCUUGACAAUAUCAGGCAUGGUAUACAUGUGUUGCCAAACUCGAUGGUUUAUCUCUUGGUUCCAGGUCUUUUUAGCAACCAUGGACCACUUUAUUUUACUAGUACAAAGGCAACUUUCUCAAAAAUGGGAUUGACGUGUCACAUUGCAAAGAUUCAUAGUGAGGCAUCAGUUGAAAAGAAUGCGAGAGAAAUAAAAGAGUACAUUGAAGAGAUCUAUUGGGGUUCCAAGAAGCGUGUUUUGCUUCUCGGUCAUAGUAAAGGCGGAAUAGAUGCAGCUGCUGCUUUAUCAAUUUAUUGGUCGGAUUUGAGAGAUAAAGUUGCCGGUCUGGCUUUAGCUCAGAGCCCGUAUGGUGGUAGUCCCAUAGCUUCUGAUAUUUUGAGAGAAGGGCAGAUUGGGGAUUAUUUCAAUGUCCGAAAACUAAUGGAAAUCUUGAUCUGCAAAGUGAUAAAGGGUGACUUGCAAGCGCUCGAAGAUUUGACUUACGAAAGGCGGAAAGAAUUCUUGAUGAAACACCACUUGCCCAAGGAUCUUCCAGUCGUCUCAUUUCACACCGAAGCCAACAUCUCUCCGGCCGUUUUGGCGACACUUUCUCGUGUUGCACAUGCCGAGCUUCCAACCUUCGCUACUAAUUUAUCAGCAAAUGCAGUUCUACCUGUUGUAAUUCCUCUUGGAGCCACAUUGGCCGCCUGUGCUCAGCUGCUACAAACCCGAUAUGGUGAGAAGAGCGAUGGACUCGUGACCUGUCGGGAUGCAGAGGUUCCGGGCUCGGUCGUGGUGCACCCCAAGCGGAAACUGGACCAUGCGUGGAUGGUUUACUCUUCAAUGAAUGAUGACCCUUUGGAGCCAGAUGCUUCUCAGGUGUGUGAAGCUCUGCUAACUUUGGUCAUGGAAGUCGGACUGAGGAAGAAGCAUUAUCUUAGCAUCAAAGAGGAAUGAGACCGCCACACCAACGGCAACCUCCUGCCGCCACUAACCACCGUGGAACCGCCACAAUCACAUGUUGAAGAGAUGUUAUGUUGGGUUUUUGUAGCAGAAGACUGCUUUUAGGAACGAAGGUAAAUGAUGUAAAUAAGUUUUUAAGAAUCGGUUUGUUUUAGCUCAAUGCUGAAGAAAGUUUGUUGGGGGUGAUUUCAUGAUGGAUUGGAGGUACAAGUUUUUUGUUGUAAAAAUUACCGAUUUACUUUUUUCUUUAAAUU